AUGCAGGCUCUCGACGAGCUCAAUCGUUUGCAAUCGACGAAGAGAUGCUCGCUCUCGUCGUCCCUUGCUCGCCGCCUUCACUGUCGUUGUCGGAAUCCGGCUCGCCGCAGUCAAAGAGAUGUUGCAAUCGACAAGCUUCUUCUACUCGUCGUCACCCGCUGCUCGCCGUCUUCACUCGUCGUCACCCACUGCUCGCCGUCUUCACUGUCGCCGUCUUCACUGCUCGCUAGCUGCGUGGAGAGGAUCGAAGGAAGAGGAUAG